AUGAAGAAGAUCAAUAAGAAGGCUACCACAAAGAUGAAAAAACAAAGUGAUAUGUACAUGUCAUCCUCCCAGGAUUCAGCAAAUCUUCAAGAUACGUUGAAUGAUGGAGAAUAUGCCCCUUUUAUAUCUCCUCCCAUGUUAGAGAGCAAUUUUAUUCAGGUCAACAGGAAAGGUGAAUCCAUUUAUCUUCAUAACAGAGCCAACUGGGUGACUGUCGGCAUCUGCUCUACCAGCCACACCAACAAGAUUCCCAACGUGAUGCUGCUAGCCCAUCUAACAUCUGCCGCCAAUAGAGAUACAGAUCCCCUUUUCAGAAGUCUUCUGACGUCAUCAUCAUCUCCAGAGACACUGGUACUCACCAGGUUUCUUCCUCUACAGUUUGUUACUCUUAGUGUGCAUGAUUUUGAUAAAAUGCGACUGAAAAUAAAGCUAGUGAGUCGAAAAGCCUACUACCUUCAGCUCUGCGCCCCUGCAUGCAUCCAGGACACUUUGUUUUAUCAAUGGGUAGAGCUCAUCUCCUUUCUAAAUCAGGAGAAAGCCAAAGCUUCCAAAAUGUCAGAAGUCUCAAGCCUCUCAGAAAUCACAAACAGCACAGACAAUACAUGUUCAACAGAUAUCAUGGAUUUUGUGGCGUUCACAGAAGACCAGCCCCCAUGCAGGCACUCAAGUGCAUGUGAACAUGCUGCUGAAAGUGUAGACUUCUCCGAUGUCACCAGGAACACUUAUGUCACCGAUGUUACAGAUAUUCCAGAAAAUGAAGUCACAGAGGUCCCAGAUAUAAAUAUUGUCACGGAAGUCAUAGAGGUCCAAGAUGCCUGUGAGAUCAAAGCUGCCUCAACUGUCACAGUAGUAUUUGAAAAUGAUGACAUAAAAGAGUGCACAAAGGAAGAAAAGGAAGUAAAAAACAUUCUGAAGCCUGGAUGUCUACGAGACUCAAGAAAUAAGAGUGAAUUCAAAGAACCUUCAAAACAUGUCACCAUCUCAAACUUAACACUGACUUUUGAAGGUGAAAAAUGUAUUUACUCCACCAUGAAUCCAGACAAAAGUGAGAUGUGUUCAUCCAGUGAGGUGGAUGGAAGCCUUGAAACAAAGACAACUUAUCUUAAACACAUGACCAAAAAUAAUGAAAUAUCCAGGUAUGUGAAACAGGGAAAUAUGAGGGAAGCUAAGAUGGGAAGUAAUGAAAAUAAGUAUAUGCAGCAGAUUUUGCCGAAGAUUCUCAGACACCAAUACAAUGAAGUUAAAUGA